AUGGUCGCUGGGAGGGCUCGAGCGAGCAAGGCCCUCACGUGGCUCUACGCUUUUGCGCUUACACUUUCUCUUCUCAUCACCGCCGGGGCAGUGCCUCUGAUCCUCACGGUGGCCGCUUUACACGAAGUCGAGCCGGGCGAAUACCCCAACUAUUUGACAGACACCAAAGGUGGUGGCGUUGCAAUCUUCGGGGUUGCAUUCCUGUCAUUCCUCUACGACAUUGGCUAUCUUAUAGCACGCCGCGCUGGUGCGAAAUUAUCCUUCUUCAGCAUUGCCACUGAGCUAUACAUUCUGGGAGCGAUCUUUCUGACCGCAAUCAUCACGGUCGGAGUCUUCACUUCUGUUGCGUUGGGAUGGGUCAGAGAUGUCACGAACAGCCUUCCAUCAGACAAGUGGAGUCAAUGGGGGAUCGUGAGCCCCACUGCCAGUGCGAUUGCGGGUAUUGGAUGGUUGUGGGUUGCUGUCCUCCUCGGCACACUGCUUUUCGAAUCCAUCUACACUUUGAUCCACCAUGGACGCAGCCCACAAGUCUGGAAACGCUCGUUCGACCAGGUUACCCAAAAAGUCGUCCCUGGAGAAUACCAAUACCCAGAGAUUGACAAGACGGAGGUGAUCCCCAUGAUCGAUGGCUACUCGCAGUCACCAUACUCCAGGGGCGAAUACGAGCCUCAAGCACCGACGUACGAAGAGGUGAUGGCCGACGACACACUCAACAUGACCAUGCCGACCUUUACAUCAAACAUGGGUGCAUCGUCGUCCGCGUCAGGAAGCUCCGUCACCGACCAGACGAGCAAUGCCAGCUACCUCUCAGCCGGCGCCGCAAGUCGCACAGUGUCUGAGAAGGGCAAGCGGGUGUCUAUGGUCGCUGUCAAUAGAGUGUAA